UCUAUCCAACAAAAAUAGUUGCAUAUUUGGCAUUUGCAUUUCAAUCAACACUUUUCACUCAUCACCUUUUUUUCAUCAUAAAUCAUAAUAUGUUCUGUAAUCUCUUUAUUCUUUGUUCUAGUUGAAGUUCUUAUUUAUAAUAAUUAUUGAAUAGUGUUAGGUAGACUACACUCUCUAACCUAAUUAAUGUAAUUGUGUACAAGUAAUGAAUUAUUUUCCCAAAAAUUUAUUAGAAAUGAACGGGUAUAAAUUUUUUUUAUUUGGCUGUUUGUUUACAUCUCUUACUUGGUCUCUAAGUUUGUAUAUGUAUUGGAAACUUAAUACUAGGCCUGAUAAUUAUUCAAAUGUAAAACUGUUUCGAAAAGAGAAUACUUAUGAAUAUGUUAAAAGUCAGAAAUCUAAAUACUUUAAGAAUCAUAUAGAUAGAAAAAAUGACCUUAAUGAUUUAGGUAUCAUUAAAACGGAUGAUGAUUUGGCUAUCAGGGAUAAAGGAUACAAAGAUCAUGGUUUCAAUGCUUUGGUUAGUUUGAGAUUGGGUAAUUAUCGUGAGACGUUGCCUGACACUAGACAUAAAUUAUGUUCAACUAUAAAAUAUGAUCAAAACUUGCCUGUUGCUAGUAUUAUAAUUUGUUUUUAUAAUGAACAUCCACAAGCACUUUUCAGAACUAUACAGUCAGUAAUUAGACGAACACCAAAGAAAUUCUUGCAUGAAGUUAUAUUAAUUAAUGAUUUUAGUGAUUCAGAAAAUCUUCACAAAAUAGUAGACCAAUACAUACAUGAUGAAUUAUUACAGGGUAUAGUCCAUCUUAAAAAAACCGAUAAAAGAGAAGGACUUAUUCGUGCAAGAUUAUUUGGAGCUAAUUUAGCAACUGGUCAAGUUUUAAUAUUUCUCGACAGUCAUGUUGAAGUAAAUAUUGAUUGGAUUGAACCACUUUUGACAAGAGUUCGUGAUAAUCGGACACAAAUUAUUGCUCCCAUUAUUGAUAUUAUUCAACCAGAUACAUUUGAUUAUAAAUCAUCACCAUUAGUCAGAGGUGGUUUUAAUUGGGGAUUAAAUUUUAAAUGGGAUAGUUUACCAAAAGGUACUCUAGUCACAGAAAAAGAUUUUAUAAAACCAAUCAAGACACCAACAAUUGCUGGAGGUUUAUUUGCUGUGGAUAGAGAGUACUUUAAUGAAAUUGGUCAAUAUGAUUCCGGAAUGAAUAUUUGGGGCGGAGAAAACUUGGAGUUAUCAUUUCGAGCAUGGAUGUGUGGGGGUUCUCUUUAUAUCGAACCAUGUUCACGUGUUGGACAUGUAUUCCGGCAACAUCGACCAUACUCAGCUCCAAAUCACGAAGACACGAUGGCUAGAAAUUCUUUGCGUCUUGCAAAUGUCUGGAUGGAUAAUUAUAAAAAAUUUUUCAUUAGUAAACGAAUGGAUCUGCUGCGCUUGGACUACGGUGAUGUGUCUGAAAGAAAAGCUUUACGCACCAAACUAGGAUGCAAUAGUUUUGAAUGGUAUUUAGAAAAUGUGUAUCCUGAAAUGUUAUUGCCAACUGAUGAAGCUGAUCGCCUUAACAAAAAGUUAGAAAAUGUUGAAAAACCUGUUUUUCAACCAUGGAAUAAACGAAUUCGUAACUACACUGCAAAAUUUUUAAUUAACUUGAGCAAUACGAAUUUGUGCAUUCAUCCAGCAAAAGGACACCAAACCAAAAAUAGUAGACUUGUUCUAAGAUCUUGUAUUCGUAAUAAAGAACAGAUAUGGUAUGAAACAGAUAAAGAAGAAUUAGUUUUAUCUAAACUUUUAUGUUUGGAUAGUGCUUCAGGCAGUCCAGUUAUAGGAAAAUGCAGUGAAACUGGAAGUUCUCAACGUUGGAAACACACAGAUGAUAAGGGAACUGCAUUUUAUAAUUUAGCAGCUGGAACAUGUCUUAGUGUAAAUGAGAAGAGAAUAAAUGCUGAAGUUGUGAUGAACAUUUGCAAUAAUGAUAAUUCAUAUAACAAAUGGAAUUUAGUUAUUGUAUAAUUUAUAGUAUACUGAAAAUA